AAAGCCUGAUGGGUAGCUUCCCAACGUCCUUGUCCUACCAAGCGCACACCGACCGCCUCCACGCAAGGGCUUGGGGAUCUCUGUCAUUCACCAGUGCUUGAAUAAAUCCAUACUUUUCAGACAUGAUGGCAGCAAGAUUCCUCCGUCGUGCUCUCCCGGUGCUCAGGCAGUCCCGUUCCUACGCCGAGGCCGCCUCCGGUGCCCCGCAGAUGUCCUUCACUUUCGCCUCCCCGACACAGGUGUUUUUCAAAGAGGCUAAUGUGAAGCAGGUUGACGUGCCCACGCUCACCGGUGCAUUCGGUAUCCUUCCGGCCCACGUUCCCACCUUGCAGGUGCUCAGGCCUGGCGUUGUCACAGUCUUCAAUGACGACGGUUCCUCUGCUAAAUACUUUGUGAGCAGUGGGUCAGUAACAGUCAACGCUGAUUCUUCAGUGCAGCUGCUAGCUGAGGAGGCCGUGCCCCUGGACCAGCUGGACAUUGCAGCAGCCAAGGCCAACCUGGAGAAGGCCCAGUCUGAACUGGCCGGUACAUCUGACGAGGCAGCGAGGGCAGAAGCUCAGGUCAGCAUAGAAGCCAACGAGGCCAUCGUCAAGGCUCUGGAGUAGACCUGUGGUAAUCUUUUCUGUUGCUUUGAAGGAAAUCAUCUGUUUCCAGUUCAGUCAGUGUCCAGGAGAUUCCAGGCUUUCUUUGUACAGUGGAUGAAAUUAACAAUAAAUUUAUUUGGAAUUA